AUGGUCGACACGGACAAAUCGUACGCGCGCGACGACGCCUUCUGGGACAAGUACAUCAAAGGCCGGCCGAAGAUCCCCCAGGUUUUCUUCGAGCGCAUUACCAACUCCCAUGGUGGACAAUUCGGCGUCGUUCACGAUGUCGGAGCCGGCGUGGGGAUCCAUUCCCCGCGGCUGGCGCGUUACUUUCAAAACGUAAUUGUAUCGGAUGUCGUGGCGAAGAAUGUGCAGCUGGCGGAAGAACAAUUGGGCGAUGGUGGGGAGGGAGGCGAGUACACAUAUCGAGAGGCGAGGAUGGAAGAUGCGAGCGGGUUGGAAGAAGGAUCCGUCGAUUUCAUUUUCGCCAGUUUCGCCAUGCACUUUGCGCACUUCGACGAGGCGUUCGCGGUCUUUGGGAAGCAGUUGAAGCCCGGCGGUACCUUUGCCGCCCUGAGCUCCUCCACGGCCAUUUUAAGCGAUGCCGCGCUGAACGACGUGUGGCAUCGCACGUGGGAGGCCGGGUCGAAAACCAUACUGGAGCAUAGCACGGAUCGCCGCGAUCGGCUGCGAACGUUGGGCAAUUCUUCCAGUGGGUAUGAUACCAUGCCUUUGCCGGAGACGUGGUUUCGCCCAGGCGCGCUGCGGAUCUCGUUGAAUGCAGGCCCGGAUGGCGCGAAGAGGUGGCCGCCUAUCAUACCGGCGGAAUUGCAGAAGGAGUAUGAGGUGGAGUUUGGGCCGUUCAGUGCUGGGAUCGGACCGAACGAUCUACUCAUCGUCGGGGAAGAAGCGGGAUGGUCGUUCACGGCGGACAUGAAGACUCUGCGCGAACAGGCCGCCUCGAUGCCAUGGAGUAGCCUGGAGCCUGAUGCUCAGGAUCCGUACUGGAAGGAAUUGGAGGCCAUUUGGCCCAAGGACAAGAUGGUCGAGGGUAUCUUCCCUGCACGCAUCAUUCUCGCUACGAGGAAGUAA